GAUACAAAACAGUGAUACAAAACUCAACCAAAUGCUAACAGAAAAUAACAAAUUAUUUAUGUGCAAGGAUUCUAGCUUUAUUUUGAUGUAUAUAGUGCACAUAAAUGUGAAGCAAUUGUAAUUUACUAUCAUUUGAAUAUUGUUUGUGAGAUUUCUAAGGGAUUCGAUAGUAACAUUUGACUCUUAACGCGCAUAGAGAAAAUCGUUUGGAUGUCACUUUCCGCCAAAAUAGAUUGGUUGCGGAAGGGCUUUGGCAAGAAAUCCACUGCCGGUAAGACCAAGCAAGAUGUGGAAGAUUAUGUUGGAAGCAUCCCUAAGCAAGUGGAUCGGGAAAAAGUUGCGAUUUAUGUUUACAAAGAACUGCUGGAUGUAUACUCCGAACUGAAUGAUACGGAUGAAGAGCAGCGCAGUGCGUUACAGGAAACGUUAAAAUACUUGAUAGAAUCGUGUCGAGAAGCUGACGAUAGUAUCCGGUGCCAUUUUCUGUUGCGUACGUACAAUAUGGUGGUGAAGUUUAAUGGAAAAGAGAGCAAACGUCAUAUGAUUGUCAACUGUUGUCGGCUGCUGGCACAAUGUCCUCCGGUCGAGGAACAAUUGGAGCUGUUCCAUCGAGUGAGUAGAGUAGUGCUCAAAGUAGUGUGUGAUUUGAACGGAAAAAAGGCCAAAGUGAAAACCCCACAAGAGCAGCAAUCCAUGGCGGGUGGUUUAGAUUUCAUAUGCUCGACUAAUUUGCAGCUAGCAGAGCAGUGGGCAUGCUCUGAUGCGCCGGAAGUUCGCGCUAAGGCUAUCGCUAUUUUCAAGGAUGUGUUCGACAAUGCAACGGCACUGCUUUACCGGUUAUUCAGUAUGGAACAAACGCGGGCGGUGGAUUUUUACAGGGCGGUGGUUGACGUGUUCAAAACGAAAGGCCGAUUUACCGACCGUGAGAUGACGGAUUUAUUCCAAGGCAGUCUUCUAUAUCUGGAGAGCAUAUUGAGUUUGGGAGAGGCCUCCAAACCAUAUCUACAAUUUGCCGGAUUCCUUGCAGUAUUCGAACGGAUAAAUAGUGAACCCACUGUAAGCUAUGUAAGAAUUUUAAGGAAUUAUCUGGAGUUUCAAAGCAGCUCAGUGGCGGAUGGGGAAAUAUUGAUUUCUCUAUCAGGGAAAUUGAAAGAAUUGAGUGGUAGCUUUUGCUCUGACCCUCUUCUAGUGGAGAUAGUUAUUUUUAUAACAAUACAGCUCAGGAUCCAUAUAGACCAAAUAAAACAGCAAGCACUUUGUGUGGCUCCUGGGAUCAUAGAUCUAUGCAAGUCGCUCAUAAAAUUCAGCAAAUACUGCCCGAGGAAUCAUACACAGAUUUGCGCACGCUGCGGGAGCUCCAAUCGGCAUAUGGUUGAUUAUAUUUCUACGAUGGUUAUCCGCAUGGCGAUGAUAAUGGCCGAAUCAGGUCAGCAGAUUAGUCCGGACAUGGUAGUUCUCGUUAAUGGGUUUCUGAAACACAAGAUGUUGACGCUGGAUGACUUGAAUUGCGAGAAGAAAAACUCAUUGCUAGAUUCCGGAUUGAGAUUUAGCGUCAACUGGAUUCGCAUGAGCUUGCAACUGGUUGCUGGGAAAGAGCUGCUGGAUUUGUCUCUGUUGGUAGUUGAUUUUAAGUAUCGUUAUGGAUUUGAUUUUCUGACCCCAAGUUAUUUAAUACGGCUGGUUGAAAAUUGUUUCAAAGAUGUUGGAUCUUGUCAGAACAUAAUCGACAUUAAGUUAGUGAAAUUACUCAUGUUGGUACGAGACGAAAUUCCCGAGAAGGACCCGUCGAAAGAACUGGAUGGAAUUGUGUAUGCGAUAAUUAAUCAUCAAAUUAACGACAGUAGCGAUGAAAUUCGUGCCAUGAAUAUUGUACAAUUGAUUGAACGUCCGGAUUUCAACAAGUACAACUUUCCAAUCGAUACGAGAUUGACAGAGCAAGAGAAAGCUUCUAUUCUGCUGACGGAAAUGAACUGGGCGUCUCGCUACAAAAACUGUAAUAUUGUUGAGUAUUUUCAUCUGCUUCGCCAAUUGAACGCUGAUCCGGUACAGCUUGGAAUGACAAUCUACAUGUUUCAAGACGGUGGAAUAUUUCAAAUACCCGAUGAAACAAUCGAAGCAUUGAAGGUUAGCAUUCAGAAAUUCCGCCCGAAAAGUACACUUGACAAAAUCCGUCGCCAUGGCUCAUUAGGUGUUUUGAAUUACUACGGAUUCGGAUCAAUAUCGAAAGAGGUCGUAGCGAAACUGAAGGACUGUCAGUUGAACAAAGAUAGUCUCAAAAACGAUCAGAUAAAUGACAUAUUGAGGGAGAACGUGAUGGAUCAAGAACAAAUCAUGUUUCAUCAGCUCGAGCAAACGUACGAACAUUUUCGAGAUAUGAUAAUCAGUUUAGCGGAUUGCUCUUUUCAACAUUUCAACAUUAUUUAUUCGGUAAGUCAAAUCUCGUCCAUGUUGGACAACACUUGUCGGUUCUUCCAAAUUUGUUACCACCCAAGACGCUCCGUUGAAAUGCAAUUGUUGAACUACAUUCUCGUCAGUCAAAAGUCUGACCGUGCCCUGGACCUCUGCUGUUGUCUCGGCUUUCUUAUCGAAAAUUUCCAAAUAUACCAACAAAUCCUGGAGGACCCGGUGUAUAGAAAAGCGUGGGUGCCGAAGCUCGACGAACUUGUACAGAAGGCUGCCGAGAUUGUGAAAUCCAAUGAGAGCAGCUUCGCUAGCGUUCCCGAAUCUCGCAAGUAUCACUUCAUGAACCUCUAUCUAGCUCUAGCGUUAUACCAGGCAUCACGAAAUAAUCUCCCAGACUCAAUCCGUCAUCUGCGGAAGCUAACUUUAUUGCUUGAACAGCACUCCCUGAACGCUAGUGCACUUGCCAUCAUUCGUGGUCGAAUCUAUCACACUCUGUUCCGGCUGAUUGUUGUUUAUCAGGCUCCUCCCCCACGUGGCAUGUCUGUGCGCAUUUUCAUCCGCUUGAUGCUCGGACAUUAUAAUACAAUCCAGAAGUUACCCACGGAUCAGGCAUUCAUCGUGUCCACAAGUACGCUGGAGAUGACGGUGGAAGCGCUAAGAUAUAUGAUGAUCCGGUACGACACCGACCGGAUCGAGGCCAAUGUGGAGCAGAUCCUGCGGUUUGUGCUCCGCCGUGGCGCUGGCCUAAGGGCGUUGCAAAUUCUCGGAAUGUAUGCCUCGAUGAGCGCCGAUGGUGAGAAGGAAGAUAAAUGCAGGAUGCUUCUUACUUAUUUGGAUCGACUGUUGAUGUUCCGACCGAUUAGCACCGACAGCAAGGACCAACUCAAGGUGAUCAGUUCACAGUCCACCGAUUUGCUUGAUGUACCCCUUAUCACAAUCCAAGAAAAUUUCCACACCCUGGAUCAAACCCGCAAAGCUGUGAAACAUCUGAAGUCACCAACGAAACGGAGUCCUUCUCCGAAUCUGUUCCCAGAGCAAGAAGUCGACCACCGGCAGUAUUUGGUGAAACAUCACAGCGGAUGCAGCUGCCAGUUCUGUAUACUUCCACAGUACAAGUGUCAAGCCAUGCUGGCGAUCGCGACCUACGCGCGGUUGGCUUUCCUCAAAGGACGAAUCUCGCAGUGCCAGACUAUGAACGAAGCUAUCUCCGAGCAUUGGCCGGUGAUGAAGAAAACGCUAGGAGAGUCGAUUUUGAUCGGACAGAGAGAAGAGUAUUUGACGCAAUUUGCUCGGAUGUUUAUGCACUACGGACAGUUUUUGGAGAGCCAGGGAUCACUUCAAGGUGCUGCAGCUGAAUUCAGUAAAGGUAUUGAUAUUUUGAACGUCAUUGACAAAUCGGAUCCGGGGCUACGGAAGGAAAUUGAACUGAACAUGGACACACUAAAAGAUCUUGAAGUAGGAACCGAUCGAAAAGAACACAAACCGAAUUUUCCUUGUUUUGUAGAAUUUUUGAAGGACAACCCACUCGUGGAAAUAGAUCCUGUGGUGGAGAUGUCGAAACUAGAUCUGAGAACACCAAAAGUGGGAUCUAUGAGAGUUGUACCCAAAACAGCAAGUCGUGCUGAUGAUCUAUUGAAACAAGUCACAAGGAAACGAUUGAAAACAAAUCUCGCGCUGGAAUUCGGCCAAGAGUCCGAACUUGUCAGUGCCAUGUCUGGUUUAUCGUGUGGUUCUGAAAGACGACCCAAGGCGGUUAGUAUUUUUAUCGAUUCCCCCAGGAAACCUGCCGAUGAAGUUGAAAAUGGCAAGAAACAAUUAUUUGCUGAGGAACAUUCGUCAACGGAACUGUCCCCGAAGAGGAGAGGACGCAGAAAAAAGGCGGAAAGUGAAACACCUGCAGUUGCCAAGUCUACUCGUAAGAAACGAGCUGUUCCACCGGAUUCGGCUGUGAAGACUUCGUCUUCCCAUAAGUUAUUCAAAGAUAUAUUACUUAAGGGUAUUGAGUGUAGCACUCCCAAAAUAGUGAACACUGUUACUAAGCGUUGUACCACAGGCAAAAAACCAAAACUUGACACGGCCUAUCCAAUGCUGAAACGUAUCGCACCAAAGAGUCCCGAAAUUGUGCAGAAUCAUUCCUUUAACAGUUCCUUCCGUGAUGUACUGCUCAAGUCGUUAUCGGAAGACUCGAAGAAAACUUCCCUCGAUUCCAGUGUCAUUCUGCUGGAUGAUACAGAUGAAGAAGUAGUCAACACAAGUGUAUCCGAGUAUCAUUCCGUUAACGAGGGCAGCAACGGGCUACUCUCACUCAAGAAGUAUUCGGAUCGUAAGACAGCUGCCAUCCAAGGGAGUAGUACUAAUAAAAAGAUUGCCAAAACACGUCUCCAGUUUGACACCUCGUGUGUUAUUGACAUCACUACACCGGUCAGUUCGCCGGUGGUGACACCGACGGCUGAGAAAUCCAAAGGAGAUUCUACUGUCGCAAGUAAAGAAACUGUGAAAAGAUCUAGGGGGCGCCCACGAGGCUGUAAAGCGAAAAACGAAUCGACGAUGGAUCUAACUUCGAACAUGAAAGAUGAAACUGGUUCUAAAUCCGUCAGGAGAAAGGCAAGAGGGAAGAACUGAAAUGAUUGAGCGGCUGUUGGUAAACAUCCGCACGUAUUUAAUAUAAUUAUAUUUUUUAGUGAGUUUCACCAGUUUUCAAAAACAUCAAAUGAUAAUGCGAUUCUCAUGCACUGUUCUGGAUUAAUGCUCAGUGUUUAAUUGUUUUAUACUUUUGAGUUGGAUAUUAUUAUGUUUUCCAUCAA